AAUAGACGUAAACCCUGAGGUCCGUGCGAGAACGCAGUUUUUUAUCGUUAGCUUCAAAAAUAUCGAUUCAGUGAUUCUUUUUGGUCACGUUUUACUCCUAAUUAUGAUUUAGAGAAGUACUGGGCGUUAUUAUACAUCAAAGAACGACUUUUUAUUUGAGCACAAGCCAAGAUGGACGCUGUAAACGCGUUUAACGCGGAGCUUUUCUCCAUGAUCGACAUGAAGCCUCCCAUAUCCAGGGCAAAGAUGAUGUCUGUGACUAAGUCUGCCAUCAAAGCUAUAAAGCUGUACAAACACGUUGUCCAGCUCGUGGAGAAGUUUGUAAAAAAGUGUAAGCCUGAACUGAAGGUCCCAGGCCUGUAUGUGGUGGACUCCAUCGUGCGUCAGUCCAGACAUCAGUUUGGAGUGGACAAAGACGUCUUUGGGCCCAGAUUCCUCAAGAACUUCACUGAGACCUUCCACAACCUCUACAGUUGCCCUGAAGAGGACAAGACCAAAAUCCUGCGUGUCCUAAACCUGUGGCAGAAGAACGGUGUAUUUGACAUGGACAUCAUCCAGCCCCUCAUGGACAUGGCUCAUGGGCCUGUAACACCAGCUUCUACAGAAGAUUUCCCAUCUGUGAACACAGAGCCACACAUAAACGCUGUGCCUGCUGCCCCAGCUGUGCCCGCGGAGCCUGCCAUUUCCAACAUGGAGGCUCUGGCUGCUAUGGCCCAGCUCUUCCAGUCUCCUCAGGGCCAGGAGUUACAGAGAGUUCUCCAGAAUCUGCAGCAGGGCAAUGAGACCCUGGCAGCCGCCAUCGAAAACAACUUGGCAAACCAAGCUCAGAUGUCUGCUGCUCAUCCCAGCGCUUACAUCUCUCACACCAACAAUAACAACACCUUUGCUGAGAAGCUACUAGACCGCUUUGAAUAUGAGGAUGAACCAGAGGAGAAAGCAGCCCGAGAAGACCAUGCUCAGCUCUUAAGCAUAGCUGAAAAUGUCCUCAAACAAUUCGCUGGACAGUUGCCCAACACACAGGAAGUUCAGCCACAUCUGAGGGUCCCGCAUGAUGGGAAUGUAUUAAACCAGGAAAUGAUGCAUCCAGUGCCUGACGCGUACAACUCUGUAAACGAGCCCUACACACGGGAGCCUCUCAGAGACGACUCCCCUGUGAGGAGAGACGGCAGACACAGGAGCUACGGGAGGAGAUCCAGGUCUCGCUCCAGGUCUCCCCACAGGAGGCACUCUCGGUCAUCCUCUCGCUCCAGAAGGUCCAGACACAGACACACUCGGUCCCGGUCCAGAGAGCGCCACAGGAGGUCUCGCUCUAUGGAGCGCAGUGAGAGAGAGAGGGAGAGAGAGCGCAGACAGAGAGGCCUCCCCGCCAUCAAACCAGAGACUCUCAGUGUUUGCAGCACGACACUUUGGGUGGGUCAGCUGGACAAAAAGACUCAGCAGGCUGAUAUCAUGCUGCUCCUGGAAGACUUUGGCCAGAUUGAGUCUGUAAAUAUGAUUCCUCCAAGAGGCUGUGCUUACAUCGUCAUGAUUCAUAGACAAGACGCCAACACAGCCUUGAACAAGCUCAGCCGUGGAUCAUUUCGAGUCAAUCAGAAGCCAUUUAAGAUCGCCUGGGCUCUGAACAAAGGCAUUAAAUCUGCACAUAAAAAGUUCUGGGAUGUGGAGCACGGUGUCACCUACAUCCCCUGGAGUAAAGUUAAAAUGGAGGAGCUGGAGAGCUACAGAGAAGGAGGCAUAAUUGAUGCAGACACUGUCAAUCCAGCGUGGGGGCUCACAGAGGAGUUCUUGAACCAUCAGAGACAGGCAGGCGCAGCUGUUCAGAGCUCAGUGAGUGAAGGAGCAGCCUCUGGUUCAGUUCAGGUGCCCCCGGGUCAGCUGGCAGCCCCCCUGGCGAGCCCCCCCGCCCACCCCGUCCUGGGCCUCCUGUCGCCCACAUCUGUCCCCACAGAGACCACUCCUGUCCUAGAGUUGAGUCCAGCUGCUAACACCACUGCAAAAAUCCUCAAAUCUCCCGACAUCUCUUCCACCUCCUCUUCUACCGAAACACCCUCCUCUUCUUUAUCUGCGGACCCCAAACCCGACCCCAACCUGGCGUCCCCCGUGAACCCAGUCCCGCCCUUCGCCAUGCCGCCCGGCCCGUUCCCCCCGCCCGGGAUGCCGCCCCCGGGCAUGCCCCCCUUCAUGCCCCCUCCCAUGGGCCGGCCCCCCAUGAUGCCCGGCGGACCCAUGUUCCCCCCGGACCGCUUUGGAAUGCCCAUGCCCUUCCCCCCUCGCGGCCCACCCUUCCCCAGACCCGGCAUGGACAUGGGACCGUUCCGACCGGGAUUCGGACCCCCGCCUUUCAGACCAAGAUGGUAGAACUUUUAAUUAUAAUUUUUUUAACCCAGUCUUUGCCAAAAUGGAAGGACAUGAAUUCUGAGAGGUACUUGUAAAUACUGUUAAAUACUGUACAUGUGUUGACUCUUUUGUAUAUUUGUAUCGGUCUAGUUUCUUUGCUGACGGGACAAAGAGAUAUUUUUGAUAUAAUUUCUCAGUUUCUUCAUGAUCUUUUGGAAAAAAAAACUAACUUAAAAAACAUUGUCAACAAGUUUAUUUGGAGAGAUCUUACAUGUGGCCACUAGAGGGCGGAGUGUUCAUAGUGGCACGUCUUUGUUGUACAUUAAGGUCAUAGCAAAGAAAAAAACUGUGUGAAUAUUAAAAAAGAAAAAAAGAAAA